UAUACAGAUACAUCCAUGACUCAUUCAUAGACAUAAAUACGUAUAUAUGUCUAUGAUAUACUACAUAUCAUAUAAGUAUAUCAGCAAAGAGCAGCGAACAGGCUGAAUGUGGAGAGUUAGUUAAGCCCAAGGACGGAUACAGACAACGGGUGGGCCUUUUAUAAAUGCGUUUAAUAGUUUAUCUGCUGAUUGUUUCGAGCUUCAAGACGCUGACUUUGACACAGUGAUAUUCUGUCAAAAUAAAUAGAUCCAACCAUGCCUCUCCAGUUUGUGUAUAACAACCAGGACUUUGUCGCAGAUGUGCAUCGGAGCAGUGGAAACAGACUUUCAUCACCGCAAGCAAAGUUUGACACGACCAUCCAAGCCGGCUGGUCAGACAGGAUGAACAAGGGUCUCUUCCGCUACCAUCUGGGUGACCUACAAACACGUAUCCUGCCGGGCCCUCAUGACUAUGUGGCCCAGCUCAAUAUUCAAAGAGGAUUACAGAGGAGAAAGCCUCAGGAGAUACUGAGCAUUAAGCAGGAGUUCAAUGCCAAGCAGUUUAAUUUUAACAAAAUCAAUCCAGAAGAAGUCAUAUUUGAGAUGAUAAAGGAUGGUGAGGAAGGAAAUGAAAAUGGACAGUUGCAUGCACAUCCCUGCAGGAUGGCCGUGCUGGUCAAUGUCAGCCCUUUGGAAUUUGGACAUUGUCUCUUUGUUCCAGAUCCUUCACGCUGUUUCCCACAGGUCCUGACGAGUUUUGCCAUCCAGGCUGUUAUUGAAUCUGUGCUCUUGAGCUCCGAUCCCAGCUUCCGUGUGGGGUUCAAUAGUCUCGGAGCAUUUGCGUCGGUCAAUCAUUUACACCUGCAUGGGUAUUACCUGAAUCAUGAGCUCAAGAUAGAAUCUGUGUCAGUCAAGCCGCUGGUUCCUGAAAAGGGGUUUUAUCGCUUGUUGGACUUUCCUUCAGGUUUUUGCUUUUACACGGAAUCCGAGUGCGUGGAGAAAGUUGCCAGAGCCAUUUGUCGAGUCACAGACUUUCUUGUGGACCGUAAUAUUGCUCACAACAUGUUCUUGACUAGAGGAUGUCCGCCCUGUGAUCGCAUACAGAACGAAAAGGAUCACUUCUCAAGAAAAGGUGUUCGCAUCGCUGUAUGGCCCAGAACUUCAUGCUUCGGUGCCAAGGAGGAGUCUGCCUUUAAUGUUGCCCUCUGUGAGCUGGCUGGACACUUACCAUUUAAGAACAAGAAGGACUAUGAGGUCUCUACUGAGAAAGAUGUAAUAGAUAUCAUCCAGAGGUAUCUUCUGGCUGAUGCAGAGUUUCACACGUUGGAACAGCAGCUUACUUGUCUUUUAAUGGAUUCAUAAUGCGUGGACAUUAAAUCCUGAGCCGAAGUUCAAAUCAACUAGGUUAGAAGCUACACAUUCUUCACACAUCCUGACAUGUGUUUGUGUUUUUGUUGACAUCAAUUUAAACUGGGGGAGUUUUGCUGAAUCUCCUUUCCUGCACUUGUCCUGUGCACAAAAAUACCUUCUUACAUAAAUAUAUUAUCAGUGAGAAUAUAUUUAAUGGACUAAUAGAUGUGCUGUAUUAAAACUGGUUUCAAAUCAAAUGUCAAAAGCAUUUUAUCUAAAAGUUGUUUUUGUCUUUAUUUGGUGAGUUGUGUAGGUGAAGCAAGUGAUUCCAGCAUUCCUGGCAUCGUUAAUGUUAUUUGUUUCACCUGUGAUUUUCCUGUGAAGUCAGAAUGUUGGUUGUAAAACAAACAAGUGUGUGUUAGAUUGAAAAGACUCCUUGGAAUGAAAAGAUUUUUUCUAGUGUCCAAGAUCACACCCUAUUUGUACAA